AUGGCUUCACCAGCUGUCCCCAGUCCGGUCACACCUCCCUUUGACCAAGUCACGCAGAACAUUACUGGCAACUUCACCGCCGGCAACGCCACCUCUGCCGUACUGGAAUGGGACCUCUACCUCUACGCUAGCUUUUUCACAAUGGAGGCUAAGCUCAUCUUCAGCGCCUUAGCCACCAUAUACAUUGGCGCUCAUGGCUCCCUUCGCCGUCCUCCUUCGGCCGCUCCUGCGAAGCGUAAGGACGGGGAGCGUGAGCGCAAGGAGGACGAACCCAUCACUGAGGGUCUCCUGCCCACUGACGCGAUUCUCUUCCCCCUUUUGGCCGGCGCUAUGCUCAUUGGCCUCUACUACCUGAUCCAAUGGCUCCAGGACCCGGCGAUCCUCAACAAAAUCCUGAGGGUGUACAUGUCUGUUAUGGGUGUCGCUAGCUUGUCCACCUUGAUCGCGCACUCGCUGCGGAUUGCCGUGGGGUUCGUCUUUCCCAACUACUUCCGCCACAACGGCGUGCUGUACCAUGUCGACGACGACGAUGAAUCUUUCAUCAAGUUAACCGGCGAGGAGGUGGACCGAAGCAACGCGCAGUUUCUCCAGAAGAGCAACCCAUUGCCGUUCGGUCUCCGCUCCAUCGUCCCGUUCAACACGAUCAACGUCAACCGCUUCCUCUGGGACCUGCGCCAUGUCCUGACGGACGAGUGGACAGUCAAGGCUAAGGUUCAUAGUCUCUUCCAAGAAAAGUUUCACAUCUCCGUCCUCCACGUCAUUGGCUUUAAUUUGGCCGCCACGGCCGUUUUCACGUACUUCAUGUCCGGAUCGCCUUUCCUCUCCAACUUGAUGGGCUAUGGCUUCUGCUACGGUUCGUUCCUGAUCAUGUCUCCGACAACCUUCGCCACCGGCAGCUUGGUACUGAUGGGGCUUUUCUUUUACGACAUUGUCAUGGUCUUCUACACGCCUUACAUGAUCACCGUCGCCACCAAGCUCGACGUUCCCAUCAAGCUCCAAUUUCAGUCUGCUGCUAGAUCCAGCAUUCUCGGCCUCGGAGACAUUGUAGUUCCCGGCAUCGUCAUGUGCCUCGCCCUUCGAUUCGACAUGUGGCGCCACUACCAGCAACAAAUCAAGUACGUCCCGACCGACUUGAAGUCUGACCAGCACGACGCCAACUCGGGAGACGUCGUCACCGUCAGCGAGACCCAGCAUAUGGCCCAGAAAGCCACUUACCUUGACAUUGCCGGAUGCUGGGGAGACUGGUUCUGGUCUUCGUCCUGGCUGGGCCUGCUCAAGGGAGGACAAGCAACGAUUCCCCCUACUGUUCGAGGAUCAACCUUCCGCAAGACCUACUUCAACGCUUCCUUGGUCGGGUACACCUUGGGCAUGCUGGCCACUCUCUGCAUGCUGGCCGUCUUCAAGCACGGCCAGCCCGCCCUAUUGUACCUCGUUCCUGGUGUACUCGGUUCCUUGUGGUUCACCGGUCUCGUCCGCGGCGAGCUCAAGGAGAUGUGGAUGUACACCGAAGACGGCACCCUGGACACGCGUGACGUCGUGGUCGAGCUCGACGGCAACGGCAACGUGGUCAAGGAAAUCAAGAAGGACGGCGAGAAAGAUCAAGAGGAGAAGGAGAAGAAGGCCGAGGAGGCCAAAGCGUUGGGUGAGAAGAAAGCAGCUGAUAAGAAGGAGGCCGAGAAGACCGAGUACAGCCUUGUCGCAUUCUCCGUCACUGCUCCGCUUAGAAAGCCGAAGACGCAGUGA